CGGUUGUCAAAAGUCCUAAAACAUCCCAUAGCGCAUUCGAAUUUUUUUAAUGUACGUGUCCAAAAUUCGGGUCCGAGUAUGAGUAAAAAUAUUGCUAUUUUUCUGGCUCUAAGCGCAUUGCUUGGCUUGUUCAAUGCUAAUGCCGAGAUCGUAAACACCAAUGUGGAAAGAACACUGGAUUUGACUUCGCAGCUGGUGAAGACGACGACAAAAAUAUCGGCCGAAGAUGCAACCGGCAAAGCCAUCGCCGAGUACGUGUUUUUCGUGGCGGAGCCAAGCCUAGCGUACAUUGCCGUGAAAGAUAAUGCCGACAAGAACGUGCAGGUGCGGAAAAACGACGAACAAAGCUUUACGCUCACCUUCCCGAAGGCCUCCGCAAAGCAGACAUUCGUGGUGGAGACCGUUUCCUCCAAGGGCAUUCUGCCGCAUCCCGAGGAAAUCCGGCAAAAUGACAAGCAGUUUGUGCGAUAUGUCGGCAACUUGCAUCUGUAUUCCAAGUACAAGACUAACGCCCAAAAGACCAAUGUCAAGCUCAGCUCGUCGAACAUUUUGUCGCACACGCAGGUUAAACCCUACUCGGUGUCUGCCAACAAAAUCACACUGGGCAGCUAUGAGAACGUGGAAGCCCUCAGCCAGGAACCGCUCGUUAUCCAUUACGAGAACUCCUCACCGUUCGUCACCGUCAACACCUUGGAACGCACUCUGGAAAUAUCACAUUGGGGCAACAUUGCCGUCCAGGAGGCCAUUCAGAUGACGCACACCGGCGCCAAGCUCAAGGGAUCGUUCUCGCGUUACGAUUUCCAAAAGGAAGGCCGCUCGGGACAGUCCGCUCUUAAGUCGUAUAAAACCUAUUUGCCGGCAUCGGCAUCUGGUGUGUAUUACCGCGACACCAAUGGCAAUAUUUCCACCUCAAACAUGAAUACGGGACGGGACUUUAUCGAACUAGAGCUCCGUCCGCGCUUUCCCCUUUUCGGCGGUUGGAAGACGCAGUACACCCUGGGCUACAACGUUCCCAGCUACGAGUACAUGUUCAGCGACGGCAACAAGUACCAGCUUAAGAUGCACCUUAUCGACCACAUCUAUGACAACAUGGCCAUUGAUGAGGCUACCGUCAAGAUUAUUCUGCCUGAGGGAUGCAGUGACAUCAAGUUGUCGCCGCCGUACUCUAUCAGCAGGCUGCCUAACGAACUGGUGCACACCUAUCUGGACACCACUGGACGUCCUGUGAUCUCGUUCACCAAGUCCAAUCUGGUCGAGAGUCACAUUUCCGACUUUACGCUCUACUAUAGCUUCUCGAAGAUUUCCCUGCUGCAAGAACCCCUGCUGGUUAGCGGCUUUAUUUAUAUUAUCUUUGUAAUCACCAUUGUCUUUUUGCGUCUGGACUUUUCCAUCACCUCACACUCGCAUAAAGAUUAAGUUAAAGCAGCAUUAA